UUGUUGUGAACUGCACGUGGACAAACGCUGAGCUCGCGUGCAGCUGUAAGUCCGGGUACCUGUGGAACAAGACUGCAGGCGGCGACCAUCUGACCUUCUCGGUGUCACGGGCCACCGAGGGUCAACCAAGGAUGUACGCGUGUGAAGUUCAAGGAUACAACGUCAGCCUCACUAAGUCAUGCUGGGACAUCCUUCAGAGCGGUAUCUUGAGCUGAGCUGUGCUAAAUCAGACAGAAUUACAAUCUACUCCAUUUAGUCUUAAUGCACGUGUGUUUGCCUGUCUGUUUGGAUGCACGCCAUGUUUGACUCUUACGUCUUUCUUUCCUCUUGAUUUUAUUUUUUUAUUUUUUUUACCUCAUUUCGUUUUUUGGACUUGUCUUACACUGUCAAUGCGUUUACAAACGUUAAUAAAAUACUUCAUUUACAUUCGUACUCUCUUUAAUCAGAGUGUUGACACACACACACAAAAUUAAGAGAGAGAGGAAUAGAGCUUUUGAUUAAUACAUUUAAUUUCCGUAUCAAAAAUAAUUGUUUUCUUAUCAACUUAUUGUUGAAACGAAACGACCAUGCAUUAUUUUCAGGUGAGAUGAUAUCAAAGACUUUUUCAGAGUCAGAUAAAGCCUCACCUGACCUCAAACCCAGUUCUCCCACAGACAAAAGAAACCUAACAUGUUGGAUUGCCUCUGCUCAUUUGAAGACAACAAACUUGUUGACUUGUCUGUUCCCUGAGAACCUCAGUGGCUUCAGAAAGAGCGUCCUUGUCAGUCAUCAUAAUAACCAGGGUUACAAUGAUGUUGUGGCCUUUUGUUCGUGGCUCAACAACAGCCUGCAAUGCCUUACUAAAACUGGGUAUACGUGGGACGCCAGUCUGUACCCAGACCGCUUGACCAUUCAUAUACCCCGGGUGGCUGAGGAGAAUAUAGGAGCUACACAUGUGAAGUGCCGACAAGUGAAUAUCAAGGGACUGUGUAGGGUGACUUCAGAGUCUGGUGGGACGUCAACAGAUAAAAUAUUUCCUGUGUCAACAGGAAGUGGCUUAACACCCAUCAACAAAACCAGUAUUUCAACUGGUGAGUCCCCAAAAAAGGACAGCAUUGUUUACACCGCAGAUGUGGCUGAUAAUUAUCGUUAUUAA